AUGAACUCACAAGUAAUGCACGGUACGAAAAGAGUUGGAGCUCCUCACGAAAAUGGGUUCGAAGAUAUUGCAUUCGGAGAAACUUUCUCUCCUGAAAUCAAAGAGAAAGGCGGCACGAGCGCAGUGAUCGUCGGGCUUGACGGCAGCGAGCGUGGCGACACUAGGGUGCGUUCUCACGUACCUGCUAUUUUUAAAGCGGAGGAAGCUGACCGUUAUACGCUCUUCCCCAUCAAGCAUCCGAAGAUUUUCGAAUUUUAUAAGAGGCACGUGGCAUCGUUUUGGACAGCAGAAGAGAUUGAUCUAGCGGCGGAUAUGGAUCACUGGCGGAACCGUCUCACGGAGGCUGAGCGCUAUUUCGUUUCACACGUGCUGGCGUUCUUUGCAGCUUCAGAUGGAAUCGUCCUUGAAAACCUCGCGGAGCGUUUCAUGCGCGAUGUUGAAAUUCCUGAAGCUCGCUGCUUUUAUGGAUUUCAAAUCGCUAUGGAAAACAUCCACUCGGAGACGUAUAGUCUGCUCAUCGAUGCCUACGUGAAGGACCCAGAGGAGCGAACGCACCUCUUUCGUGCGAUGGAGACGAUGCCUUGCGUACGGCGCAAAGCAUACUGGGCAAUUCGGUGGAUCGGCAGCGAUGCUAGCUUCCAGGAGCGCCUGGUCGCCUUCGCGGCGGUGGAGGGUAUCUUCUUCAGCGGUUCGUUCUGCGCCAUCUUUUGGUUGAAGAAACGUGGACUGAUGCCGGGUCUUACUUUUAGUAACGAACUCAUCAGUCGCGACGAGGGUCUGCACUGUGAUUUUGCUUGCCACCUCUACAGUAUGCUGCCUGCAGAAGAGCGCGUCCCAGCGGAGCGUAUCCACUCUAUGAUUCGAGACGCGGUCGAAUGCGAGAAGGAAUUCGUCUGCGACGCACUGCCAGUGAGCCUAAUCGGCAUGAAUCAGCAACUGAUGAGCGCAUACAUUGAGUUUGUCGCAGACCGCCUGCUGGUAGAGCUCGGAUACGAUCGUUUGUGGAACACACCCAACCCAUUCGACUGGAUGGAGCUUAUCUCGCUCCAGGGAAAGACCAACUUUUUCGAAAAGAGAGUCGGUGAGUACCAGAAGGCCAACGUUACCACCAGCGCAACAGACAACGUCUUCGCGCUCGACAUAGAAUUUUGA